AAUUUACAAAUCUAUUGUAUUAAAAGGUACUUGUGCAGUAGCAUUUUGAAAGUGUUAUCGACUUCGUCGCGCCGUAAGAAAAGACUAUUAAGCUCAGAUAAUCGUGGGCAUCAUUCAUUGUACAUUCAAAUUGAACACAUGUGCAAGUAUUGUUGUAGGCAGUGGUUAAAUUAGACGUUGAAAAAAAAUGAAGUGAAGUAUUCUAAUAAGUAAUAGCAACGUAAGCGUUGGUUUAAAGAUUAUCUACUCACGCUAUAUACAACAAAACCCAGCAAACUAACAAAACAAAGUAGGUACUAGGUACCAUGGUUACAAACAAGACAACGUCUAAUCAUCAAAGUGAAGAUUUCUUACUUUUAAAUGAAUCACAAAUUCCAUCACGAGAACCUCAAGAACGUAUUGAAGGACAAACAGAAGAAGAAAAGGCUGCCGCAGAAUACGAAGAUAUGAUAAAUCAACAUUUUCUAAAGAGAAAGGAUAUCAAAUGGAAAAACAUUUAUAUUUUUGUGACUUUACAUCUCGUAGCCCUGUAUGGUUUCAUCGCAUUUCCAUAUAAAGAAAAGAAGGUAACUUGUAUUUGGAGCUGUUUUCUAAUAAUGGUAGCUAAUUUCGGAGUCGCUGCUGGUGUACAUAGAUUAUGGUCUCACAGAGCUUACAAAGCGAAACUUCCUCUACGAAUAAUCCUAUCAGUAUGCUACUUGGUGUCUGGACAAUACUCGAUAUUAUAUUGGGUGAGAGAUCAUCGGAUUCACCAUAAAUUUUCAGAAACAAACGCAGAUCCUGUAAACUCGAGUCGAGGAUUUUGGUUUUCACAUAUCGGUUGGAUGACUAUGAAAAGACACCCAGCCGUCCUACAAAAAGGAAAAUCAAUAGACAUGAGUGACGUACUUUCCGAUCCUGUUGUUGAAUUCAUUGAGAAACAUUUUGACGUAUUAAGACUUGUAAUCGGGUUCCUCAUACCACUCGUAAUUCCUGUCUACUUUUGGGAUGAGUCUUGGUACUGGGCGACCAUAUCACAAAUUUUUAUGCGGUACGUGGUUUCUUUAAACAUUACCUGGGGUCUUAACAGUUUCGCUCAUAUGUUUGGAAAUCGUCCUUACGACAAAGAUAUUGCUCCGGCCGAUAAUGUCAUCGUGUCUUUGUUGAGUGGCGGUGACGGCUGGCACAACUAUCAUCAUACUUUUCCAGCAGAUUACAAAUCUGCUGAGUAUGGUAAUUACAUAGUUGAAAUAGGUUUGACAACAUUAUUAAUUGACGUUUUUGCUAAAAUUGGUUGGGCCUAUGAUUUAAAACAGCCGUCGAAAGAACUUAUCCGGACUGUUACACAAAAACGUGGCGAUGGUACUCAUCCAGUUUGUAAAUCAAGUAAAAAGCUGGAAACGAAAACGGAAUAAGAUAGAUAAUUCAGGGCUGAAGCGUUACAGUACUACCAGUAUAUUACGGAUUGAUAGUCAAAAAAUAAAAAACAAGUUAUAACGUCUUGAUGUAUGGAUUCUUUUAAUUUUUAAAUUUCAUUCCAUAAUAACUCCGUGAAUUUUUCAAAAAAAGUGAUAAGUAUUUUGAUGCAACGUAUGUAGAUGAAAAAUUUCAAGCGAAGCCCAAGAUGACAUGAAUCGUGUGUAAGCUACGUGUAUUAGGGUCGAUCGCCGAAAAAAUGUCGAUGCAUUUCGACCAAAUUCAAAAGAGACCAUUUUUAGUUGAAAGUAGGUUUUUUGUAUUUCCUUAAUUGGGGGGGGGGCGCUAAAUUGAAGUAGUAAGUCCUCGAUUUUCAAAUCCCCCUUCCCCUGUCAAUGUGCUUUGAGAAUAAAAUAAAAGU